AUGGUCAACAGCCCGCCAUCAUCGCCACGGUCACCUAAGAGACCCUUCGCCGAGAUCAGAGACAAUUCGCGUCUUACUUCUCCGUCGCAACUCAGGUCGCUCGCAAGACACAAGAGAGUCAAGAUCGACCACAGCUCGAAUGACAAUGUUUCAGUUGGAGGGCCAGCACAGCCCCAGCCCCAGCACCAGCCCCAGCCCCAGGCUGUGACAUCCUCCGUUCUACCUUCUGCGGGCGAGGGAGAGUCAAGCAGCGACCGGAGCGGAGCCAAGUGGUUCAAGAGAGUGAACGAAAAUGUCGACGGUCCGACCAAGAAGCGAGGGAAACGUGAAGGUGGACGGAGCCCACCUUCCUCAACCCUCUGGUAUGCUAAUGCUGGUUUAGAUGAAGCGCCUUUCUAUAUCUCUCGCCAGAACAGAUACCAGCCAUCCACUCACCUGCACUCCGUCAACGCGGACAGCUUUGGGCCAUUGGGCCGUGACGACACCGAGAAUGAUGAGCUACGUGGCGUGAUUGAUGAUCUGACGGUGGAAAACAAAAGAUUGAAAAAUAUCCUCCGAACCUGCUACAACCGGGCAAGUUCUGUCAGCAGUGAUUCCGACCGAAUGAUCGAAGUUCGCACGCAUGGCCUCCCCCCCGAGAAGAAGAGAGAGCUGGAACGACUCCUCAAAAACUUUGCUACGGGUGUUAAUGGCGAUGCUGCUGACUCUCAGCCCAGUGACUCUACGCCGGCCGACAAGUCGGCCCGGAGCAGCGGCAAUGGCGCAUCGCCCGCCGUCAAACUGCCAGUCGCAGAUCCCUCCCAUACCGACUCGGGUUAUGCAUCCCGGUCCAACUCAGCCCUUCAUUCAACGCCAUACUCGGGUGCGCUUCAUGACGGGGACUCUAAGAGCAAGAAGGACUCGGAUAUCAAAAAUUACCUGCACGAUAUCCCUGACUCCCUCUUGCCCCAAAACACUCUCUCCGUGAGCGAGAGUACCAAAAUGCAAUUGGUGGUGCAGCGGCUCGAGCAGCUGUUUACGGGCAAGCUGGCAGUGCCAGGCGAGCACAGCUUGCCCAUCCAACAACAGAAGAUUGCUCGUUCUGCAGCCAAGGCAGAUCGCCGAGAGGAUGAAAAGAUGAAUCGAGCGAGCAGACCUGAAGGUUCCCGCGAGGCACAAGUCCUCCCGCCAGAUUCGAAGAUCAACCUCGAUGCCAUCGAUCAGGGGAAUGCACCGCGGCUAGGAGCUCCAUCCGGGUUUGGUGCCUCUCCAUUCGGAACCCCCAAAUCCAGCUUGGACGUACCUGGCACUCCAGACCAACGACCCACCCGACCGUUGGACCUUGAUAUUCAUCGUGCCCAAGUGGCGGCGGAGAAUAUCCGGUAUAUUCAGCAUCUGGGUCUGUCGUCACCGGAAUUCGAGAACGGCCCCGAACACCCCGGACAACCGUGGAUGUAUCUCAAUUUGCUGGUCAGCAUGGCUCAGCUCCACACCCUCAAUGUUACUCCCGCCUUUGUUCGGAAGGCGGUCAAAGCUGGGAGCAGGAAAUUCGAACUUUCGAACGAUGGUCACAAGAUUCGGUGGAAGGGUGAUAGCUCCACGAGCGGCGGGGAUCCGCCUCAGGGAAGUCCGAUCUCUCUGACGCCGCGGAACUCGGACGAUCCGGGCGACGAUGGGGCGGGGCGUCGAAGCGGGAGGAGCGCCACCAGCACGGGCAAUGAAGGCGCGUCCACGUCGCUUGUAGAUGAGCGAACCUCGCGAGAAAUGGUGAGCACGACGUCGAGACGGCAGGACUCUACAGCCACGUCGUCCAACCUGGCGGUUGGCAAGCCUUCGACUCUGUCCAAGGCGUCAUCGUUUGACUACCGGCCACUCGUGUAUCAGGAGAAGAAAAUCCCGCUCAAGGCGCAAAAGUUCUACUUGGAUUCUUCCAGUUCAGGUGGCGAAGUGUCCCCCGACUCCAGUCGCCUUGAUCAUGCACUGCGCCGAUCAAGUCGCCGACCGAGCGGAGACGGUCUCCUCACCUUUUUCCGCAGUCCUCAUUUCUUUGUGGAUUUGAGCGGUGACAGCGUUCCUGAUGCGCCGCGAUUCGACCUGCCGCGCUGGCCGCCGGGAGUGAUGGGGAUUUCUGACAAGCGCACGCGUCAAGACGACGUUCUUCGGGACUCCUCGACAUCCUAUUUCGUCCGCCUCACGGAGGGAGGACAGAGCGAGGAAGCUGUAGCGUGUCCCGACCUUGCGUGGUCGAUCUCACCUAUAAGUUCGGCAGGCGAAGAUGAGACACAACCAAUCGAGCUGCCGGCGUCUGGCCUUGGAGGGGUGAGGCCUGAAGACAAUUUCGCGCUGGAUGUGGAGGUGGAACGGGCCAAGGUGGACUUGGUCGACCGUCAAACCGGCGGCAUGCGCCCGCCCACUCAAUACGCCUACCGCGUGCUCCAAUGCCGGAAGCUCGAACUCCAGCCUUCGCGGCUCCCGCCGCCCAGCUAUGUUUUCUUCACCAGCUCGUCAUCCAGCGGAGAACAAGAUUGUCUUGACGGCUACUCUAGCAGCCAGUCUUCCGAGCCGGACCAUGCUCCCGCGGCGCCCGGACUACUGUGGCAGUGGUCGUCGAGCUCCAAUGAACAGCGACCUGGCGAAGAGUAUUCGGGAGACAGUACCCCGGAUGUUCUGCAGGGGGGCCGCGCGCGGGCGCCAAAUAACAAUGGCGGGGUGGUUGGCGCCCACCAUCACGAUGCAGAUCUGAUGAUGGCCACCCAGACUGGAGCCACCACGAACGAUAAUGGCAGCCUCGCGGCAACAGUGGGUGCCACCUACAGUGCGGCCUCGGCGGCAGGUCGGAAUGCUGCGCGCGAGGAAGAUGAGGAGGGGACGAGCAGCAUCGAUUUUGAGUAG